AUGAGCGGCUGGGGCCUGGGCUGGUUUGGCGGUGGCCAGGCAAAGAAGGAGGCGCCAAAGAAGGCCAUCCUCCAGCUUCGAGGCCAACUUGAGAUGCUGAACAAGAGGGAGAAGCAUCUACAAAACCAAAUGGACGAGCAAGAUGCGCUGGCGCGAAAACAUGUUUCCACCAACAAGCAAGCUGCCAAAUCGGCGUUACGGCGAAAGAAGCAGUUCGAGCACUCGCUCGAGCAGACCAGUUCACAGAUCAUGACGCUAGAAAGAGAGAUCUAUUCCAUCGAGACGGCCAACAUCAACAAGGAGACGCUGGACGCCAUGAAGAAUGCAGGAACCGCGAUGAAGCAGAUACACGCCGGUCUGACCAUCGACAAGGUCGACAACGUCAUGGAGGAACUCCGCGAGCAACACGCAAUCGGCGAAGAGAUCGGCGAAGCCCUUACCUCGGGCGUUGGCGCCAACGGCAUCGACGAAGACGAGCUGGAUGAGGAACUCGCAGAGCUACAACAAGAGAAGCUCGACGAGCAAAUGCUUAAUACUGGCAACGUGCCUAUCCAUGACGCCCUAUCGUCACAGAAGCUACCACAAGCACCAAAUACCAACCCCAAGGCACCACAGCGGAUUGAGGAGGAUGACGAAGAGGAGGAGCUGCGGAAGCUACAGGCUGAGAUGGCCAUGUGA